CGGCUGCGUGUGCCUCCCUCACCAUCACAACUCAGCCAUGUCCCUCAAGUUAAUCGUUGUUGCCUGCGUGUCAGUGGUGGCCCUGGCCGACCAGGCCCCCGUGUACCCUGCUCCUCCUGCAUACGGCUACCCGGCCCCUCCUACCUACAAGGAACCCGAAUACCCUGAGGCCCCACCGAAAUAUGCCUACAACUAUGGCGUAGCCGACGAUUAUUCCGGAGCCAACUUCGCUGCUUCCGAAAACCGCGACGGCUACAAGACCGAGGGCAGCUACACGGUGGACCUCCCCGACGGCCGCAAGCAGACCGUCACCUACGUGGACAACGGAGACGGUCUGGAGGCCGUGGUGACCUACGAGGGCGAGGCCCAGUUCCCAGAGUACCAGCCCUCCUACCCCGCCCCACAUCCACCUGUCUACCAUCCCGCCCCCUCCUACCCCGCCCCCACUCCACCUGUCCCCACCUACGAAGAGUGAACCAAGUUACACGACGGAGAACUGAAUGUCUUGCAACAUUAAAAAAUUUUAUGACGUCUUUAUAGAUGUACUUGUUUUAUUAUUUAUUGUUCAAUGCUUGACUGAAUAAAUAGUAUAUACAUUA